AUGGAGGGUUUGCAGCUACACACAGUGAGGGCAGCUACGCACAAUGAAGACAAGACUGUAGUGAAAACUAAAGUGAUUGUCAAGGAAACAAAGACUCUCAGUGUGACUGCCACGCCCUCUUAUAGUGUGUCCCCAACUACAGCCGAUGUUACUGUCACCCUUUCCAAGGAUCUCGCUACACCUGACAAACUCACUUUAUCAGUAUCACUAAUCAAUGAAGACCCUCAAGGCGAGGAUUACAGCAGUGAAGGUGUUCUGGCCUCUGAUGCUGAGAGUAGUUUUCCUGUUGUGUUCCCCAACAUACAGUGGGGUGACUACCAACUGACCAUUGGCUGUGGGAACAAUAGUGUGUGCUCUGCUCUGAGUCAGUGGAUACAUUUCCCUGAACCUGUGUCUGUGCCCGCCCAUCCAUCAUAUUCAGAGCUAUCUAAAACAAUUUUUGGUUUGAAGGCUGAUCUUAAGAACAUAGAUUGUACCACUGUGGCUGCCACUACGGCUGAAACUUCUAGCAGUGUGGCUGUGACUACUGAAGCUCCUGGUCCCCCCGCUAUGCCUUUAACUCGCUAUAUGAAGUUAGCAGUUGGUGGUUUGAUAGCAGCUCUGGUGUGUGGUCUACUAGGAUACCUCCUCUAUCACUACCGGACCAAGGUGAAGGAGUGGAUUUGCUCUAAGAAAGUUGUUGUGUCCAACCUACCAAUUGCAAGGAAGCUGCGUAAAAAUGCUAGUAGCAAGUACUCCAAGCUACCCCAGACCAUGCAAGAGGCACUGCAUCAGGACUGACUGAUCUGAUUGACACUGGCUAUAGAGCUACUGGACAUUUGGCACUCUAGUCUAUUCAUGCUGCAUUUGUUAAAUUCAUGAUUUUACAUGAUACUGUACCAUACUGUACUGGUCAUUUGAACAAAGAAUGUUGUCAGUUGUAAUAA